AUGGGAAUCCUGUCAAAAUUGAGGGACAUGGUCAAAUCGCAACCAAUCUUGGUUAUAUUUUUAGUUGAGAUUGCCCAAGCACUUACUUCCCGUGAUUACUUUUCAUCAACACAAACUUCACAUUCUGACCACUCACCUCGUGACCUCGAUUUAUCCAUCAUCGUCGGAAGUCUGUGUUUAAUUUUGAGGAAAUGGCGGCAAAGAAGAGCAAUCAGAGCCGCCGUACCAACAAUCAACUACUUGAUUGGUUAUGGCGCUAAAGUCAUCCUCUCUUCUCACCUUGGACGUCCAAAAGGUGUCACACCAAAAUACAGUUUGAAGCCUCUCGUGCCUAGACUCUCUGAAUUGCUUGGAGUUGAGGUCAAGAUGGCAAAUGACUGUAUUGGCGAAGAAGUAGAGAAGUUGGUGGCUGAAAUCCCAGAAGGCGGUGUUCUGCUUCUGGAGAAUGUUAGGUUCUACAAAGAAGAAGAGAAGAAUGAUCCUGAGUUUGCAAAGAAGCUCGCAUCCUUCGCAGACCUGUAUGUUAAUGAUGCAUUUGGAACUGCACAUAGGGCUCAUGCUUCCACUGAGGGAGUGGCCAAGUAUUUGAAACCUUCUGUUGCUGGAUUCCUUAUGCAGAAGGAGCUUGACUACUUAGUUGGAGCUGUGGCAAAUCCAAAGAAGCCGUUUGCUGCAAUUGUUGGUGGAUCAAAGGUAUCCUCUAAAAUAGGCGUGAUUGAGUCAUUGUUAGAGAAGGUUGACAUCCUCAUUCUCGGUGGAGGAAUGAUCUUUACUUUCUAUAAAGCCCAAGGGCAUGCCGUGGGAUCUUCACUUGUGGAGGAGGACAAGCUUAGUCUUGCUAGAUCACUCAUGGAGAAGGCCAAGGCUAAGGGGGUGUCUCUCUUGCUACCUUCUGACAUUGUUGUUGCUGACAAAUUUGCCGCUGAUGCAAACAGCAAGGUUGUUCCAGCAUCUGGAAUUCCUGAUGGCUGGAUGGGAUUAGAUAUUGGACCUGAAACUAUCAAGUCGUUUGGGGAAGCUCUAGAUACUACUAAAACAGUCAUCUGGAAUGGACCCAUGGGUGUUUUUGAAUUUGAGAAGUUUGCCACAGGAACGGAGGCUAUAGCUAAGAAAUUGGCAGAGCUCAGUGGAAAGGGAGCGACAACAAUCAUCGGAGGCGGUGACUCUGUCGCGGCUGUUGAAAAGGUUGGGCUGGCCGACAAGAUGAGCCAUAUCUCGACUGGAGGUGGUGCCAGCUUGGAGCUUCUUGAGGGGAAACCCUUACCUGGUGUUCUUGCCCUCAAUGAUGCUUAA